AUGUUCAUCCAUUGGAGACAAAUCAAUCACAAUGCCGCCGAUGUCAUUGAUGUGGAUACUUGGGAAUAUGGCUUCAUCUACAGCAACGAAUGGACUCAUCAGUGGACAGACUAUGUGACUCGCACUACUGGAAGAUUCACAAGUGCAGCACGGUGCAUUGAUUUGGAAGGAGUCAGCCUUGUCAAGCACUAUUCACGUGCUGCUACUAAGCGUGACGGCAAGAUUAUGAACGAAAUGCAAAACUGUUAUCCACAGAUGCUUGAGAACUAUUACCUCUGCAACUCUCCUGACUGGAUGCAUCUUAUCUGGGUCUUGGUCAAACCUAUAUUGCCUCAGCGUGUAUUGGAAAAGACAAAAAUGAUCUCUCCACAAAAUCACAAGCAGCUGCACAAGUACAUGGAUGAACAUAUGAUUCCAGUGGAGAUUGGAGGUCCAAAUCAGACACCACCAAUGUACUGGUGA